AUGUCGCGCUCUCCUCAACCGUUCAGAGUGGAGGAUGUAGUGUGGGCUAAGCUUGGCGACUACCGCACAUGGCCGUGCGAGAUCCUCUCUUUGGAUGGCCGGCAACAAAAUACACUGGACGAAACGAGCGGACAUGCGGUGGUGCGGCCGUUGUUGCCUAACCCACUCCCCCAUCUUUCAUUAUUCACACGUUUUGUGUGGCUGAGUGAAGAACAUCAAGUCAGCUAUAGCAACAUCUAUGAAUGGACGCCAUCUCUUACGAGAUUAUUUGUUAAUACUCACUCUCACAAGGAGUUGAACUUUGCACUGCGUGAAGCCGAGAAAUUGCGGCAAUCACGAGGCCAGAUAUCGCAACAAACGAGCAAAAGGAAAUCACUUGGAGAAGCUGAACCUUCACAAGAACUAAAGGGAGCAGUAGGGACAACAACAGCCGCCGCAACAGCAUCACCUUCAGCAGCACCGCUAUCAUCACAAGCAGCACAGGUGACAGUAGGAGUAGGAGCAACAACAACACUGCCUACAUACUUCCCAGUAGCAGACAACACUGACCAUGAAGAAGGGGAAGAGUACUCUGAAGAAGAGGAAGAGGACGAGGGAGGAGAGGAAGAGGAGGAGGAAGAAGAAGAAGGGGACGAGGAAGAAGAGGAAGAGGAUGAGGGAGGAGAGGAGGAGGAGGAGGAAGAAGAAGAAGGGGACGAGGAAGAAGAGGAAGAGGAUGAGGGAGGAGAGGAAGAGGAGGAAGAAGAAGAAGGGGACGAGGAAGAAGAGGAAGAGGAUGAGGAAGUAGAAGAAGGGGGAGAUGGGAGAAGGUUAGGGUAUAGUGUGAGGGAGAGCACGAGUCGGCAGCAGCUGCAGCAGUCAACAAGUGGAGGAGAUAGGGGCGAGAUUGGAAACCGAAGAGGGCACGCAAGGCCAGGAGGAAGCAGCGUGCCAGGAUCCAAUUACUGCGCCGGCAGGCUGUCUGCUGAGCUGAGAGGGUCGAGCAGUCAGGAACGGACGGAGAAGCCUGGCAGUGCCUCAGCAGCCUCCUCUCUUAGUGGCUCAGUGGCCUCCUCCCUCUCUAGCUCAUGGAACGUGCCUGCUAAGCUUGCCAUGCUUCGUCAUCAGCAGCAACAGGGGGCAGAAGGAGAUGGAGGAGGAGGAAGGAGGGAAACAGGCAGGGGAAGCAAAGGAAGGGGAGGAGGAGAGCAAUAG